CCCUCCCCCUCCCCCUCCCCCCUGAGAGCAGCUAUGGCCUCGCCUCUUGCGACCACCGCUUCCAACCAGCCGCCCGUCGAGGCCAAGCUCGACUCGCUGCUGCUGGCCCUCAAGCGCAUCACCGGCCUCCGCGAGCGGACCGUCCGUGCGAUCGAUGCGUUGAAAUCCUCGCAGGAGAUCGCCACCCCGGGUGGCACCGACGCCGGCCCCAACAAAAAGAUUCUCGAACUGGAAUCGCGCCUGGCACAGCUCUGGGCCGAGGAGCAGACGCUCCGGUUCCAGGCGCGCCUCCUCUCGUCACACGUCCAGGCGCACGAGUCCAAUCAGUCUUUCAGCUUUUCUCUCUCCCACACCCCCGUGUCGCAAAAUGAGGCCAUCGAGACCUUCCAGUCCCAGCGGUCAAUGGUGCUCUCCGGCCACGGGCUGACCGCGCUGCCGGAAUCCCUUUUCUCCUUCUCCUCCAUCGUCUCGCUCGACCUGUCCUCCAACCAGCUGGACACCCUGCCGGAGCAGCUCUUUUUCUCCCUCUCCUUCCUUGAGAUCCUGGACGUGAGCAACAACAAGCUGACCACCAUCUCCGGGGCCAUCUCCAACCUGGUCAAUCUGCGCCACCUUUUCCUCCAUGGCAACGCCAUCGCCGGCGCCGAGGAUGCCUCCUGGCUGACCGGCCUCGACCGGCUGGAGACCCUGCGGCUGAGCGGCAACCGCCUGACCGCCGACGCCGUCAGCAGCUGGGCCCUCCGGCCCUCGCUCCCCCUGAAGACCCUGGAUCUGGCGCGCAAUCCGCUGGAGUCGAUCCCCGUGUGCCUGGGCAAGCUGGCCCAGUUGGCCCGGCUGUACCUGGACUCGUGCAGCCUCAAUGACGCGGCGAUCCGCGCCUACUUCGUGGACACCCCGGCGCCCCUGGGCCAGGCCCUGGACGGACUGAAGGUCCUCAGCCUCAAUGACAAUGGCCUGAGCACCCUGCCCAAGGAGGUCUUCCGCCUGUAUCCGAGCUUGCGCGUGCUCUCCCUGGCGGAUAACCGCUUCACCAGCGUCCCCUUUGUGGGCGCCUCUGUGGCGGUUCUCCGCCUCGACAGCAACCCCGUCCGGCCUUGACUCGGCGGGUGAAUGUCCACACGCGCGUCCACACGCGCACUCCUCCCCCUCCCCUUACUUGUUUUCGCAUUCAUGUGCACACGCACGCACGCACGCACG